GUACAAGGUCGGUCCAGCUAAGCUUGGCUUCUCAUCGAGAUCUGCUUGCCCCAGCACACGCCGCCCCAAGUCCCAAUCCAACCGCACAAUCGCAAGCACAAAUAAAUCACAAUCAAAGGACGACACGGCCGCAUCACACCAAAGCAAAUCUCUCUCUCGCCUAGUAGCUAGCUAGCACCACAGAUACAUACCGUACAUACAGUAGAACCAGCUUGGCCUCUGCUCAAAGAUGAUGGGAGGAGACGAUAAUGAGGCUCGCAUGCCACUGGGUGGUGGCGGUCAAGAUCCGCUUCUGCGGAUGCACUUCCACGAUCCUCUGUCCGGUGCGAAGGCACGAAAGGCGGCAGCUCCCCCAGCCAAACAACCUCCCUCGAAGAAAUCAAAGCUUUCCUCUGCUGCUGCUGCGGCGGCGGCGGCAUCUGCUAAGGGUGGUAAAAAGAAAGGCAAAAACGAUCAAGAGAUGGAGAACCACGGCACUCUGUUGCAUCAGUCCUGUCGUUUGUUCCCUCAGUGCGCUCCUGUUCUCGAGAGCUCCAUCGAGAUGGAAGGGGCUGACAAAGGUUGCGAACGUGCCGAGAGGGCCGGCACGACUUCCUCUUAUCUCGUAGGAGAUGGACGGGAACCUUACUCCCUUCCCAUCAACAUCUUGUUGCACCAUUCAGCAUGCGCGGAAGCUGUUCGAGUUGUCGCCAGAGCUGCGCCCAAAGCCCUGCUGAUGAAGGAUGGGCGUGAUCAAGACUGUUCCUUGAAUAUAGCGCUCCGAUUGGGCGGUUGCCGACGGAAAAGGACGCAAGAUGCACCCGACGAAGACGACAACGUGAUGGCCACAACGCUUGGAACUUCCGUUAACACUUCCGCACCAGAAGAACUGCUCGCCGCAAAUCCUCAGACGGCACAAACACCAGAUAGGCGUCGAAAUUUACCCUUGCAUGUCGCUGCGUAUGUGGGAGCCUCCUUCACCGUCAUUAACAAGCUAUACUAUGCAUACCCCGAGGCCUUGCUGGAAACCAACUUUCACGGAGAAACGCCCCUGGAUAUUGCCAUUCGAAAUGGAAAAUGCAGCGACAUCUCCACUAACUUUCUCCAGGAAAAGAUGGAUCACCUCAAGUCCGCGCGCAUGAGGGCUAUGUGCCGGUGAGCCGGUGAGUGGUGAGGCGAGGGAACGACUCACUCUUCUGCGGGUGUAUUCAUAAUAGUGAUAGCUAGCUAGUAGUUAAAAUCAUAAAACAGCC